AUGCGGAGGUGCAUUGGCGUUGGCCGUGGAAAGACUUCACAGAGAUGGUUAUGCGAAAGAUUUCGAGUUUCAGUAAGUCUAGUUAAAUGUCAAAAAUGAGCCUAAAAAUAUAAUGGUUUUUGAAUUUAUUCAUCAAACUUCAAGUCGGAGGGUUAAAAACGAAAAAUAAAAAGAAAAAGAAAAAAAUCAAAUUUUAUAAUGUUGGCUGCACAAACAGAGCUUCAGAAAUUGGAAUAUUUGUGGUUUUAAUAGUCGCGUGUAUUCCCAAAGAUUUUUUUCUUCUGGAUCUGCUCCAGAAAAAUUAUCAUUUAAAUUAAUAAUCUAGCUUCUGUUUAAAAACUGUUUAUUGCAUCUUCAAUGUAAGAGUACAUGUGCAAUCGACUUUCAUUGAUUUGGCUGUGUUUAAACGGCGGCAGGAGCUGUGGCUUAGGCAGAGAAGUUGUGAAUUUCGCUCGUAGAACAUCAGGUACAAGAGAGGUCGUAGGAAGAAGUACGGUGCCGGCUUUCCAAAGGCCAAUGGCAGAGAUUGAGCCUUUUUCGCUGCAUGCAGCUCCCAAUCUAGCUUCAAAGAAACAAAAAUAGAAUAGUUCUAAAAAAAUAAUUAUGAUAAAAUGAUCAAAAUCCAAGGAAAUCCUCAUAUAUUUUUUUUCAUUUGUUUUUAAAUUUUAUCCUUGCUGUUUUUCACAAAAAAAUUAAUUGAAAAUCACAAAGAAAAAAAUUAGAAAAAUCACAAAAAUUAAAAAAAUUUUUUUACUUUUUAAAAAAAGUAAAAAUUUUUACAAGAUGUCCAUAGAGCGCACAUGCGCGGUAUUGGAAUUUUCUUUUUUUUAAUCGGACAGUUUUUUUCCGUUUUCAUAUUUUUAUCUAUGGUUUUCAAGAUUUUUUAUUAACUAUACGGAAUGCGAUCGGGCCACAACGGUCGCCGUCGGCCUGGAGUACAUGAAAAUGCGGAAUGUGGACGUCGUCAUUGGACCUCCUUGCCAAAGCCGUAAUUUUUCUGUUUUACUUUUCGAAAGAAUCAUAAUCAAAUUUAGCAUUGGUCGUUAUGGGAGCACUGUCGAGUCUCUACAGGGUUCCAUUGUUGGGAUGGGGAUUCGUUUCGGCCAAUGAAUUUACCGACGCCACCCGAUUUCCUUACUUGACCAACGUUAUUCCGAAUUCUUUGUCGUUAGUUUCUUGUACUUGUUAGGUUGAUGCAAAAAAAAUUGUUUUUGAGGUUUAUAAUUGACCAAAAGGGCCAAAAAUAACUUUCUAAAGUAGUUUUUUUUUUCCGUUAUUUCUCCAAUUUAUCUCAACUUUUCGCAAGUCCUUUUUUAUAAAAUUUUCUCGUUUCUACGCAAAAAGUAGGAAAAAUAUUAAUUUUCAAAAUUUUUGCCUUUGCUUUGAGACCUGUCCUUCAGAUCUAGAAAAAAGUCUUCUAAAGUUUUUUAGGAAAGGUCCUUUUUAAGGAAAUCAAAAGGUUUCCAAAAGAAGAAGGUGAUUUCAAGUUCCAAAAAGAGUAGGACCUGUGUAAAAUUUUAGUGCCCCCUAUAGAGAAGGUUUGAGUGGCCACUUAAGUGUCUUUUUCAAGUAGUCCUGGAGGAACCCCUAUAGGGGUCACUAAAAAGUAUUCCCAGUAAAAGGCGGUAAAAUAGUCAUUUUUCUGAAGAAAUUGAGAAAAAACUAGCACGGGAAAAAACUUUUUUGCACUUUUUUCAGAACUUCAAGGUACCAUAGGACUUCCAGGGUACAAAAAAGACUUAUUUGUAUACAUAUUUCCAUGGGCCUAUUAUUGAUUAUUUAUAGUCCUGUAUUUUUAAUGUCGUGCUGAUUUAACAGUUUAUGGUUGCACGUAGAAUGGCUCGGAGUUUAACACGAAUUUCAAAAAUCAGAAAUUUCUUUAGGGCAAGCCUGAUUCCAACUGCGAGCCUGCAACAUUUGCGUUUUAAGAUUUACUCUGAUUUUCUGUAGCGAACUAAGAAAAUUUUUAGAGGCUCGCCAAGGAUUACUUGGAGAGGACACUAAAGUGGCUACUAAAACCACCUCUAUAGGAGCCACUAUUUUCCGUUUUAGUGGCCUCUUCAGUAGUUUUUCAUCCAGUAUUCCUUCCAGUAACUCUGAUAAUUUUAGAACAAUCAGAUUGGACUAGUUAUGUUGAUUCAUUGACCCCAAAGUGGCCACUAAAACUUUUAUUGGUCUAGUAGUAGCACUUAGACCUCUAUAGUGGCCACUAAUUUUCAAGCCCUUAAGUGGCCACUAGCUUGACUGGCCACUAAAACGUCAAAACCCUAUAGUGGCCACUAAAAAUUUUCCCAAAAUUUCGAAAAUUUUUCUUCAGAUUAGGAUACUGCGCGAUAAAAGUUCUGGAGACGUUCCGAUGGAACAAAGUGGCCUUGUUUUCUGUCGACGAUGAGAUGAACCUCUGCUCCACGAUCAUUGACGACGUCGAGGUUUUCUGGGAGGAUUCAAAAGUCUCAACCCUUUUGGAAAUAAAAUAGACAGCGAUGAGCGACCCGGCGACUUAUCCGGUCGAUGUCAGUCUCAAACUGACUUUGCCUACUGACGACGACGAAUUGUACGAAAGUACACUGACGAGAGCCAAAAGUCGUGUGAGAAGUGAGGAAUUUUCUUCGUGAAUUUUUUUUCAUAGGCAAAGUCGGAAAGGGUGGAAAAAGGCUCCAUUGAAUUUUUCCUUUUUUGCUGCCUUUCUGCGCCCUUUUCUCAGCCCUUAUGAACCAUUUUUGCUGCCUCUCCCUUUUCACCAUUUCUUGAGCUUCUAAAAUCCCAGAAAAGUAGGAGGCUCGAUAAAGGGGCUCUUUUUAGUGCCUUUUUGCUGCCCUUUUGUUGGCUUUUGCUACCUUUUUUACAGCCUUUUUUUUUAGCCUUUUGCUGCCUUACUGCGGCCUUUUUGCUGCCCUUUCGCUACCUUUUUGCUACAUUUUUGCUGCCUUUUUGCUGCUUUUCUGUGGCCUUUUUUGAGCCUCUCACUUUUAGCGGCCAUUAUCCACUAUUCCGACUUUGCCUGAUACUUUGAAUAUUCUAGUGCUUGUUAGAAUAGUUAGAAAGGUUAUAACCCAUCCCGCGCUUUUCCUCUUUUUUUUUUUACUCAAAAGACAGUAAGCCAAAUUUCGUUUCAAGACCAUUUUUUGCAGUUCUGUAAAGCAAAUGUACAAAAAAAAACUGUUCUACGGUAACUUUUUAUCUGCCGUGCUUUAAAAACGUGACGAAACGCACCAUAGCCCGUUGAAAUUUUUAAUUUCAAUUACAAUGACGUCAUUUGAAAACGCUCUGUAGAUGGCUCGCUCUGUGAUUGGUUUAUCGCUUAAUUAGGGGCGGAGCUUGGACGACUACUUGACAUUCAAAAUCUGAACAGACUAUAAGAUUCACCUCUUGAAAAAACUUUUAAACGUUAGCUGGAGGUUUACAAAACAUGUAAGGGGCCCAGAAAUUAAUUUUAAGUUCAUUGCAAAACGUAAGAAAACCUGUAAUAACUCGGACGGGUCGAGGCAUUUCUAGUGACCACUUUAGUAGCCUCAGCCCUCUUAAGUGAUCCCUAGAAUCGUCAAGAAACGUCCGAAGAGAAAAUCAAAAUCUUCCGAAAUUCAUUUUCAAUUUAUUUUGAAGAAGGAGAAAAAAAAAUUAAACAAGGUUCCCUUUUUCAAGCGCUUUCCUGAAACGCAAACCGAAAAAUUUUAAUAAUAAUUAUUUUUUGACUGUGCACCGAUUUGAUUUUCACCCAAAAGUCGCUUUGCACUCACAUAGUUAGAAAAAAAUAGUUAGUUCAUUGCGGAAUUGUUGGUCAGUUAGUUUAGUUUGCUGUUUCUUGCAUUAGUUUUUUUAAUUUUUUAACUUUAUCCAGUUUUUCAGCCUGUCAUCUUUUUUGAGAAGCCUUUCGAAUGAAUUUUUUUCUUUGAAGAAGGUCAGAUUUUGAAAAAAGUUGUUCGAGGGAAAUUAUGGCCAUUUUUCAAAAAAUAUAAAUUUUACACCAUUAUGAGCUUCUCUAUGAGACCAUACUCAGGAUAAUUACCUAGGAAUGUCAUUUUACUUUUUGGAGGGUUUUGCUGAUACUUGAUUAAAAAAUGGGAGAAAUGAGGAAAAUAGAGGAAGAACCUGAAAGUCUCAAACUCUAAAACUUCCUAAUUUUUGAGUAAAAAUAACUCAACGACUUCAAAGUCCGUCAAUUUCAGGCUUGGAGCCCUUUUUGGAAACACAGAAGCUUACCUUUAGUACUUCGAGAAAAAUUAUGGCUAUUUAAAAAAAAAAUCAUAACUUCAAAUUACCUUCCUUGUACGUUUUCUCAAUGAUAGAUAGUUCUGAAAAUAUGAUUUUUCAGCUAAAUUCCUGCCGAGAAUAAUCUUCAAAUCCUAAUUUUGGGGCCGAAAUCUGAAUAGAUAAACCCAACGCUAUUUACUAACAACCGGCCGACCUGAUAAUUUUUUAUCGAUUUUUCUAGUUUCGCUUAUAGUCAGUACUUUCCGACUUGAGAACCGAAAUGAGUAGAUUGAGAAAGGUGACGCGUUGCGGAGGCGACGCGGCUUUUGGCGGGUAAAACAAGGUCAAAUGCGAGCCACUUUUUUUGAUAUAGUUUUCUAAUAAUUAUUAAUAUAUUGUAGUUAAAAGAAACUAGUUAAACGAAUGAAAGUAUACAAUUAAUGAAAAACUUAUUUUUUCUAUAGUCUGUGUGCCACGACUUGAAAUUUCACGGAACGACAUUCCGCUGUUCCGCUGCGUGCGUUCGCGAAGCGUCUUUCGAGUCUAGGUCACGCUUUCAAUCGGUUUUUAUUGCUGUGGGAGCACAUUAAAAAAAGUACCUUAAUAAAAGAAAAAAAAAUUAAAAGCGCGACCAAGGUUCGCAAAGGCGCGCAGCGGCACAGCGGAAUGUCGUUCCGUGAAAUUCCAAGUCGUGGUACACAGGCUAUAUGAUUUAUUACCAAACUACAUUGAACUAUACCUUGGCAAUGAAAAAAAAAUAUGAAAACGCAACACUCUUUUCUAACAACCGGCCAAUCUAAUAGAAUCUUGAAGUUAAAGUCUUGAUGAUUUUUCCAUUUCUCACCAUGGUAAGUUCAGUAAUCCUUGUGUGUGCUUACGGUGCAACGGACCGUCGGCGUUACCUCACGAAAAUCGCGAAACUCGAAAUGACCAACCACGAAUACGUGCACAUAUUCCUCUCGUUGCGCAGCUCGGGAUACGGUCAGUCGAUAAGUGAGUGCGAUUUCCCGUGGCCAUUCGCUCUUUCUCUAUACCGAUUAUAGGCGUUCCGAGCAAUGACACGGGUCUUUUUCCGAAGAUUUCUUAAUGAUUUCCAAUUUUCAGGCCAAGUCGGAGUCAGCGGCACUGUUUGUAAGUUUCGCCGAAUGGAUGACGACUUUUUUUUUGAUUUUUAUGAUUUUUUUAGUUGCACUUUUUUAAAGUCUUUUUUCUUGUAAUGCUGCCUGUAUAGGAAUACAUAUAGUUCAUGGAAAAAUGGCCGCAAAAAAGCGAAAAGUUCAAGUGCGCUCUAUCGAUAAUUCGUUUUUGAUUUUUUUAUGAUUUUUUUAGUUGCACUUUUUAUUAGACUUAUUUUUCUUGUAAUGCUGCCUGUAUAGGAUUACAUAUAGUUCAUAGAGAAACAGCCGCGAAAAUGCGCUUUUUCAAGUGCGCUCUGUCGAUAAUUCAUUUUUUUUUGAUUUAAAAAAAAUUUUUUUAGUUGUACUUCUUAUUAGAUUUUUUUCUUGUAAUGCUGCCUGUAGAGAAAUACAUAUAGUCCUAGGAAAAAUGGCCGCAAAAAUGCGAUGUUUCAAAUGCGCUCUAUUGAUAAUUCGUUUUUCUGAUAAAAAAGUUUUUUUUUCUCAUUAGACUUUCAUCUUGUAAUGCUGCCUGUAUAGGAAUACCAAUAGUUCAUGAAAAAAUAGCCGCAAAAAUGCGAUGCUUCAAGUGCGCUCUAUCGCUAAUUCGUUUUUCUGAUUAAAAAAAUUGUUUAGUUUUUACUUUUUAUUAGAUUUUUUUCUUGUAAUGCUGCCUGUAUAGGAAUACCAAUAGUUCAUGGAAAAAAAUAGCCGGAAAAAAAGGCGAUGCUCAAGUGCGCUCUAUCGCUAAUUUGAAAAAACCGCGAAAAUUCCAAAAAAAUUUUUUUUAACGCGGAGAGCGUCUUGAUUUUCAUUGUAAAAAUGAUUGGAAAAAAAUGAAAAAUUUUUUUCUAUUUUUUUAACUUUAUUUCGAUUUCCAAAGUCGCUUUUUAUUUUUCUAUAAAAAAUCCUAACAAUAACGGUAUCCUCCAUUUUUUAAAUUUUUUUUGAAGGAGACAACAUUUUCAGUUUGAAUUACCUAAAAAAAGAAAAAAAUCGGAAAAAAGCAGCGAAAAACAUUUGAUUAUCCAUGGAGCGCACUUGACCAAUCGUUUUCUUGUGACGAUUUUUCUGCGAUAUUAUUCCAAGUACCUAAACUACAAGUUACAGUAUCCAACGGACUGUCACCAUUUUGGGAAGACAUCACGAAUGGCAACAAAGAUGGCCUGGAUACGGUAGCCAGGGAAGCCGCCUCGGCCACUUUUGUCGUUGGUUUUUCAUUUUUCCACGCGUUUUUGUGUCGUUUCCUUUUCUGGCUUCCGUAAAAUAAUAAUCACUGCUCAUUUUUUCCACUUUGCAGGGAUUCCAGGAUCUUUGGUGAUACUUUUUCAACCCGUUUUCAGAUCGAUCUGAACAACGACAUCCAGGACAAGAAUUAUCUGCAAUAUUUCCAAGCGAAUUUGAUGGACGCCGUGAAAAAGGCCCCGAUCGCCUGUGCGACACAGGAAUGUCUUGCCGUUGAUGCGACUACGGUCAGGAAAUGAUCAGAAAUGAUUGUAGAGAGGAAAAUUGAGGAAUUUUAAAGAGAAUUAACAGAAAAUCCAGAAUUUUUGAAAUGUGUUUUUGUUGUCUGGAUCUUUUUGAGUCUCAAAAAAAAACAGCGAUUCCGAUAACGUCUCGAACCUCGUUAACAAAAACCGAAAACAAAUUCUGAGCAUUUGAAGUAAUCCCUCAAGGGGCUGACGCCACUAAAGUGGCCACUAGAAAUUCUCAAAAACGUCCGUGUCCGAGACAUUUAAAAUUUUUUUCUAAUGGCUUGCUUGCAACAAAAAAACAAACUUUUUUUAAUUUAGUUACAUCAUUUUUUUCUAGAGUAAUUAGGAGUCAAAGACCGCUUCCUAGUUUUAAAAAUAAAUUAAAAAAAUGCGAGUUACACAUAGAAGUAUCGUCUAAAACUCCACAGAUAAAAAAUAGGCCUACUGGAGAACUUUUUUUAGCCCAUGGUUGACCUUUUGAUGAUAAUUCCCUGCGGUGUAAGUUAGAACCUCCGGAAUUCAGUGAAAGAAGAAAAUUUUCGGCCCUUUUCGAGUAAAGACGCUUCAAAAGCUGGAAAUUGCGCUCGUUUGCACGGCGACACCAAAUCGACGCCACAUUCACCGCAAAAGCGGAAAAUAAAAUGUGUUGUACGCAGUGCACACGAUGCAUGAAAAGCGACGCGCAAAAAGUGAGAUUGAACGUUUAUUAUGAAUAAAAUUAAUUUUCUGGCUGUCAUUCAUUCAGGAAUCGCCGGAAGAAAAUUCUACAAUAAAAAUAUUCUAAAACAAUCACAUCUAGAAUUAAAAAGAAGAUAAAAAAAUUCAUUUUAGAACAAAUAUUCACAAAAAAUGCAAGCGCGCCCCAUGGAGACGAGUGCGCGUAUGCGUCGCAUGGCGUUUUUCUACAUCAGUUGGCUUGCGUGGUGUCAUUAUGAGCAAAGUUUUUAAAAAAAGUAUUUAAAAAACAUGAUUUUCUGAUUCAAUGAAAAAAAAUGUAGAUGAUGGGAGCGUAUGCGCGUCAUCUACACGACGCCAUGUACUUGUACGGAUUGGCCCUGUCGAAUUUGGCGGUCAAUGGAACUUCGAUUCGGGAUCCAGACGCCGUGGGGAAAGCCAUGCAGACGACGUUUCCUGGUUCCUCCCAAAAAUGGAAUUCCAACUCAAUUGAAACUCCAGGCCUCAGCGGAGAAGUGACAAUAAACCAGAACAACACCCGGAUGCCCCUAUUUGUAUUCUACGGCCUCAACAGCAAAUACGACCAAGUUUCCUACAUGAACGUCACCUACUUCUCCUCCGUGGCGGUGGGGAGUAACAUACCUUCGAAAAUGCCCGAAAAGAACUCGUCAGUACUACUACGGAUUUCAGUUUCAGACGGUCUCUUUGGCCUUCUCCGACGAGUCCGUCAUCUGGGUGACUCGAGGCGGGGAACGGCCCCUGACGACCCCGAUUUGCGGUUUCCUUGGGACCAAAUGUCCCAAGGACUUCAUGGACCAGUACGCGACCCUUGUCAUCGUCGUCGGCGUCGUCCUCGGCUUGAUUUUGAUCGCUUUCGUGUUUUUCAUCGUCUAUAUAAUUAGGUAAACGAGAAAGAUGAUGUUGCUCUCAUAUUUGGGAAAGGUUCGAGAAGGUAGUUCUUUGAAAAGAAAAAUUCCGAAAAGUCCCCAAAAUUAGGUGAUUUAUUGAAAUGCGAACAAUUUUUUCAAGCUUCUCAAGAAAAAUUUGGGAAAAUAAGGGCAAAAAGCAAAAGGUCUGGGUUCUCAGUAGGAGUUUGAAAAAAAUAAAUCAAAAAAACUAAAAAUUAAAAAAAUUUUUAUCUCGAAUUAGAGGUGAACAAUUUUUUUCUAGUUAGGGGAAAAAAAAGAAGAAAGCAAAAACCCGGUGUUUUCAGUAGAAAUUUUGAAACAACAAAAAAAUUUGUUUUGAAAAAUUUUUUUCGAAAAGUUUUUUUUUUCAAAAACUAAGGGAAUUAUUAAGUUAUAAAUGAAUUUUUUUCAAGCUUUUCAGGAAAAAUUUAAGGAAAAAUAAGCGCAAAAAAACGAAAAGACAGUAUUCUUUCAGUAGACAUUUUAAAAACAAUAAAAAAAUUUAUUUUAAAAUUUCUCAAAAAGUUUUUCCCAAAAUUAGAGUGACUAAUUCAAAUAUGAACAAUUUUUUUCAAGCUUUUCAGGAGAAAUUCGGGAAUAUAAGUGCAAAAAAAGAAAUACUACGAUGUCAUCAGUGCGAAUUUAAAAAAACUUGGAAAAAUAUUUUUUUCAACAUAAUUAGAUGAAAUUUUUCGGUCGUAUUUCGAUAGUUUAAAAAAAUUUUUUUCGGUUAUAAAAUAAAAAUUUUUUUGUAUUUUUUUGAAACCUCUCUUACCUUGUUACCCCGAAAAAUUGGCUCGAAAAAAAAAAUUUUUUUUCGAGUUUUCUGGCUCCUGAUCAGCCACCAGCCGCCUUUCCAUUAUCCAAAACAUGCAUGAAAUAUUAAUUUUCAAAAAUUCCCUCAUAGAUCGAAACGACUCGAACAAGAGAGAAUCAACUCGGAGUGGCAAAUCGCCUUUGCUCGGCUUCAAAAACCGCCUUCAAAGGUUCAGAAACUUGAUUCCAGCUUGAUUUUUGGAUUUUCAGAAAGAACGUGAACGUCAGAGCAAACGUUCCCUCCAAUCCGGACCUUCCACGACGACUGGAGACACCAAAUUCACCUAUGAUGGAGAAUUCAGCCAUUAUACGGUCUUUUACCUGGACAGGGAACCUGUAAUUGCUACGAAACAUCCGGCUUCGACUCUGACUAAACUGGACUAUGAGCGUUUUGUCAAGGUUUUUCGGAUUUACUUCGAAAAUUGAAUCAUAAAAAAAAAGAGCCCUAUAGGGAAAAGUUUAGGUAAAGCUUGAUUGUCCCCUAUAGAGGUUUUUUUCAAAGUUUCAUGAGGACUUAUUGAUUUUUUUUUUCGCAUCUCAUAGAGUUCAUUACGAAAUGAGACAAAUGCUCCUCUCUAGGGGCCACGUUUGCAAGCAUAGAGGGAGGUAAAGGGAUCCCUAGAGGGGCCCCUUAAGGUUGUCUCUCUAGGCACCACUCCGAUUUUAAGUGAAUUAUGGUCAAGUGCCCAAGAAAAAUUGAAAAAAAUACCUUUCUAGGUUAUUUUUGAAAAAAAUCAUUUCACUAAUUCGCGUCCUUUCUUUCAAUUUUUUAAUAUCCACCAGUUUUUUAAAAUGCUUCGAAAAAAGUUUUUGUAAUUGAAAUCCAAAAAAUAGGACGAAAACUCUUAUUUUUAUGGCCUUUGUCAGUGAAUUUUUUUUACAAAACCUUUUUUUGUAACCUAGUAAUUCAGAAACUGCUUCUUUUUUUCAAAUGAACAGCUUCCGAAAUGGUAUAAUCUUUUUUUCGCAUCAAGAUUGAUCUUCGUUCAUUUUUUUUAAACGAUUUUGCUGUUAUAAUUGUCUUAUUUCAAAAAAAGCUCAUUUGAUUUCCGGAGAUUCUACUUCUUCAUCGGCAGAUACUUUCUAAAAAUCUUGUUACUUUUUGUUCAAAUGAACGAUUUGGGUCAAACUUAAUAAUAUUCUAAAAAAAUCAAAAUUUUUUUCGAAUAUUCGACUAUUUUUUUAUUUUUGGUAAAUUCAGCCAGAGAAAUCAAGUUUAUUCGAAGAAAUAUGGGUUCAACCUUGAUUUUUUCAAAUUCACUCUCACAAGGAAGGUCGUUUCACUUUGUUCUUGAAAAUUGGUCAGAAAGAUCAUUUAUGUCCCAGGUGACGAUUCUGAAAGUCCCAACUCGCCCAAGUUUUUAGUUUUUGAGAAAGGACACCUCAAAGUCAAAGAAAACCUUCGAAACCCGUAAAAAAGUCUAUUCUUGGGCUUUGAGACGUUGUUUCUCGAAAACUAGGAACUUUGGCAGAUUGACACUUUGAAAAACUGUUUCAAAACAUCCAUUUUCAGGAUUUUUUCAGCCAAAAAGUAAAAUAACCAUCCUUGUCACAUUUUUCUCUCUUUCAGAUGCGAAAAUUGGACCACGAUAAUAUCAAUAAGUUCAUUGGAAUGUCCAUUGAUGGCGCUGAAUAUAUUGCCGUGUGGAAAAUGUGCGCCAGGGGCAGUCUUCAGGUACAGAAUACCUACUCGGACUUUGGUAACGCGAAACGGAUGUUUCUGGGGAUCACUUAAGAGUUCUGAGGCUACUAAAGUGGUCACUAGAAACGCCCCGACAUUCGCGUUACCAAGUUCCAGUUGGAAAACGAAGUUAAAGUACCAAAUUUACCUAUUUAGGACAUAAUUUCCCGAGGAAACUUUUCAAUGGACCCUUUUUUCAUGUUCUGUAUCAUUCGGGAUAUUGCAGAGGUAAAAAAAAGGGUUUUUAAAAUUUAUCAAAAAUUUUUCAGGGCCUGAAGUAUUUGCAUCACAGUUUUCUACCAAAUCACGGUAAUUUGCGGUCCGGCACUUGUCUGGUCAACGACAGUUGGCAGGUUUGAUGGGUUUGGUCGCAUUUGGAAUGGCUCAAAGCGUCGCGGUCGCGUUGAAAUUGAUUGGAAAUUAGGUAGCUGGCUUUUUUGAGCCGAGCCGCUUUAAGUAAGGUCCUGGCCAUUUUAAGAAAUCAUAAUUACUCAAGACGGACGCUUUUAAAGUACGACCGGUUUGAUUUUUGUCUUUUCACUGACACUUCUUUUAAAAACCGAUUUUUCCGAAUUUUUUUCGGCAAAAUUUGACUUAUGACAGCUUCAGAGCAAGUGAAGUGUCUUAUAUGUAGAAACAUUCGUGAAUCUUUUUGAUUUCGAUAUAUCAAACUUUACCAUUAAAAUUUGUGUCUUAAAUCUGGGAUUGGAAACUGAAAUCAAGAAUAAAAAAAUUAGUUCGAAUCUUGAUUUUGGAUAUGUUCUAUGAGUUGGUCGAAGAAAUGAAUCGAAAAAAAUCAGCGAUGAAAUUAAUUUUAGUCUUUUUGAUCCACUCAUUUUUCCACCUAAAAAGUAAUUUUAUUCUUAAAUUUUCUUAAAUUUUUUUCCAUUUUCGAAACUAAAAAAAUUUUUUUACGCUUAUUGAUUUUGAAGAUGUAAGCAAAAACAAAAAGUAAACUUUGAAUUUUUUUCGAAAUAUAUCAAUUAUCUGAACUAUAGAGGUCGAUUUUUUUGCAAAGUCUAUGAAAAAGCGAAACAUUGGUCGCAAUUUAAAAGAGUCUGUAUAGUCAUGGGUGGCUUGAUUCAUUGGAAAAUGAUCUUGACACGAUCAAAAAAACAAGACAGUGCCUGGCUAAUGGAGAGCGCAGACAGGCCACGCCCCCAUAGCGUCCCAAGCUAGCCCUGAAUCAGCAAUAAAUUCUGUAUUCAAACCAUUAUCAUUGAAAUUUCUGUCUCAAAUCUCGGAUUGGAAACUGUAAUCAUGCUUAAAAAUUAGUUCGAGCUUAGAAUCUUGUUUUUGGACAUGUUUCUUAAGUUCUCAGAAAAUAUCGAAAGAAAUCAGCGAGAAAGUUAAUUUUUGCACUUUCCAACCUGGAAGCAUUCUGAAUUUUCAAAUUUUUCUUAAAAAAAUAGGUAUAAAACUGUAAUUUUAUGUAGGUUUACCAAUUUCGAAGAUGUGAGCAAAGAAAAAAAUCAGACUUUGGACUUGUCGAAAUAUCUAAACUAUUUGAACUAUAGAGGACGAUUUUUCAAAGUAUAUGAAAAAGAAAAAUUGGUUUUGGUUGUGAUUUAAAAGCGUCUGGUUAGCUGAUUCAUAUUUUGCUUGACUGAGUCAUCGAAAAACGGUCCUGAAACGAUCAAAAACAAGAUAGCGCCUGGCUAAUGGAGAGUGCAGACAGGCCACGCCCCUUAGGAUCUUAAGUAAGCCGUGAAUCGGCUAUAGCAGUUCUGAACCAGUCCAGGGACUAUUCAAGUAAAAAAUAGUUCAUUCCAGGCCAAAAUCACGGAUUAUGGUCUGGACCAACUGUUGGAAGAAGCGGUUCCAACGAAAAAAAGACAACUUUGGCUGGCGCCAGAAGUCCUCCGAAAUAACACGCCGCGGAGUCAGAUCGAAAAAUCUGGCGAUAUUUUUUCCUUCGCCAUCGUUUGCUCGGAGAUCCUGACGAGAAAGUCGGCCUGGGACAUUUCGAACCGGAAAGAAAGUGUCGAUGGUAAAUAACUUCUCAAAAAAGUCCUCUAUUAGUUGUUAAGAGCUGGUUUAUUUGAUCAAGAAAGGAGGUGUGAAUCCAAUUCGACCAGAUCUCGACAUGGACGGCGUGGAAAUUAAUCCGGCGGUGGUGAGUUUGAUCCAUACGUCGGCUGGAUCCCACCCCGGGGUGUGCGCCUAAAAAGCGCGGCCUACCCCCCAAGUGCGGCCUACUUCAGUACAUUUUAAAAUUUUUUUUUGCGCCCAAAAGGCUGGGGUGGGAUCCAGCCGAUGUAUGGUUUGAUCAAGGAGAGGUUCAAAAAAUUCGUGAAAUAAAAGAAAAAGCUUUUCCUUUGUUCAUAGUGUAAGAGAAUUCAGUUAUUUGUAUAAGUUUAAGAAUUUAGAACCCUGGUAAGUUUUCAGAACUCUAUCCAUCCCAUGUAUACUCCUUAGGAAGGCCGGAGGGGUCCCUAUAGGGCUCUGAGAAAAAAGAGCCUUUACAAGAGACCAAAAAAGUGCCCCCUAGAGGGAUAAUAUUUGGAUGGCCCCUACAGAGGUUUAUGGCUUGACUCCUAGGCCCCUAAAGCCCAAGUAGUCCCUAAAGGGUAUUUUGAUUUUUUUUUUUCUGGUUUGAAAGUAGAAUAACCGUAGUUAGUAAGACAAAAGUGCUUAUGACUGUUUUUUUUUGUUUCGAUUUUCUGAUUUAAAAAAAAAGACAACGUUUCGAAACUAUUUCAAGCAUUGGUCAGCUAGAAAUGCGUGAAAUAAAACUUCACAAUUGAAAUUUUUCAAAGAAUUUAUCCUUGAAAAAAUCUCAGGUGUUUUUUUACACUUUUUUUACACCACUACAGACUUGUCGGAGCGGUUUUUAGGGGCCACUUUAGUAGAGUCAGAACCCUUAAGCGAUCCCUAGAACUGUUCAAAAAAUGUCCGAAGCGCGUUCUCGUUACCGAGGUCCAAGACUAAAGUCUAGCAAUAAAGGACUUUUUUUUCCUUUUUCCAGGCUUCAAAACUUCUUUAAAAAGCAAAAAAACAUCUUAACUAAACUAACAGAUUUUUGAAACUUUCAAUCAAAAUAAAUAGAAGACUUUUCCAGCUUCACCUGGUGAGAGAUUGUUGGAGUGAAACCCCAGAAGAACGGCCAGUUAUCGACGUCAUCAGCAACCUUCUUCGUGGAAUGAUGCCAAAGUACUCAAAUAUCCAAGUGUCAAAUCUAAAUAUUCCCAAUUAAAGCAAGAACUCAAAUCUGAUGGACCACGUGUUCAACAUGCUGGAGGAGUACACGACUACCUUGGAACUGGAAGUCGAGGAACGGACCAAAGAACUGUCGGCAGAGAAGAAAAAAGCCGACGUCCUUCUGGGCAGAAUGCUCCCGAAGUAGUCCCGAUCUUCCAAUUCCCCAAAAUAAAAUGAAAACAGACAAGUGGCGGAACGACUGAAGCUGGGCCAAACCGUGGAGCCGGAAGGCUUCGACUCGGUCUCCGUCUUCUUCUCCGACGUCGUCAAGUUCACCAUCCUCGCCACGAAAUGCUCGCCUUUCCAGGUCCUCCUUCAAGACGUUGGAUCAUCUACAAUCUCGUUUUCAGGUUGUGAACCUUCUCAACGACAUGUACAGCAACUUUGACGCCAUCAUCGAAGAACAUGGCGUCUACAAGGUGGAUCAUCCUCAGAAUAAUCGAUUAAUUAGGAGUUUUCAGGUAGAAUCGAUUGGAGACGGGUACCUGUGCGUUUCAGGUCUUCCUGUCAGAAAUGGCUAUGCCCAUAUAAAGUGAGGAAAUAAAUGAAGAAAAUUCUAAAACAAAAUCCUAGAGUAAUCGUGGAGAUGUCCCUGGACUUUAUGGCUUACAUGAAGUCUUUUAAGAUCCCUCAUUUGCCUGGAGAAACCGUCGAGUUGAGGAUAGGAAUCAAUAGCGGUGAGUUAUGGUCUAUUAAGAGGAACUUUUUAAAAAAGUGGAUUUUUAACUGAUUGAAACGUCUGGAUUGGCUGAAAGCUUUUUCGGGCUCCAAAGGAGAGUUCUAUCUUUGA